AAAAUGCUAAGACCAUAUUAUCACUACCUACUCUAUAAAUAUGGAUUUGAAAACAAUGACCAUACAAGACCUUGGUAUGAACAGAGCCCACCCGUGGCAGUAGUCGAGAACGAAAGAGCAAAGAUUAUGURGGAUAUAGAGUUCCAUCUACCGAGAGCACCUCAAAAACAUGCUAACAAAAUAGACAUGGCAAUUAAUGACAAGAAAAGACAAGUGUGGCUGCUGUUAGAGGGAACAGUCUGCGCUGUUGGCAAGAUAAAGGAAAGAAGUACUUUCAAGCAAGACAAAUACCGUGAACUGCGAAGUGGGAUCAAACAACUGUAUCCCAAACAUCAGAUUACUCAAGUGAACAUAGUGUUUGAUUUCCUAAGUAACUACCAUCACAACCUUAAAACAGAGAUCAUCGAAAACAUCACAGCAAGUCAAGAAGAGGCACACUAUUUAUUACUUAAAAGAAGUGGAUAAUCUCACAAAAUACGGAAAUCGUUAAGAAUUUCUAUACUUAUGUACACGAAUAAAAAUGUAGCGRGUUUMAGGAUAGSAAUAAAGACUGAGCGAGACAUUUAAAAACAGCUUAGCCAAGGCUAC